AUGCCUCAUACUGAUAAGAAGCAGUCAGGAUUAGCUCGUCUUUUGGGGUCUGCCUCUGCAGGCAUAAUGGAAAUUGCAGUCUUCCAUCCUGUGGACACCAUCUCCAAAAGACUGAUGUCCAACCACACCAAAAUAUCCUCUAGUCAUGAACUGAACCGUGUUAUUUUUCGUGAUCAUUUCAGUGAACCUUUGGGCAAACGUUUGUUUACUUUGUUCCCGGGUCUUGGUUACGCUGCAUCAUACAAAGUCUUACAAAGAGUGUAUAAGUAUGGUGGCCAGCCUUUUGCUAAUGAGUUUUUAAACAAGCAUUACAAAAAGGAUUUUGAUAAUCUAUUCGGUGAGAAGACUGGUAAGGCAAUGAGAUCUGCUGCUGCUGGUUCUUUGAUCGGUAUUGGUGAAAUCGUUCUUUUGCCGCUGGACGUGUUGAAGAUCAAGAGACAGACUAAUCCCGAAUCUUUCAAGGGCAGAGGUUUUGUCAAAAUUUUGAGAGACGAAGGCCUGUUCAACUUAUAUAGGGGCUGGGGGUGGACCGCUGCUAGAAAUGCCCCCGGUUCGUUUGCGCUUUUUGGUGGUAAUGCAUUUGCCAAGGAGUAUAUAUUGGGUUUGAAAGAUUACUCUCAAGCUACUUGGUCUCAGAAUUUCAUUUCCUCCAUAGUCGGUGCUUGCUCCUCCCUAAUUGUUUCUGCCCCAUUAGAUGUCAUCAAGACAAGAAUUCAGAAUAGAAAUUUUGAUAAUCCUGAAAGUGGGUUGAAGAUUGUUAAAAACACUUUAAAAAACGAAGGUAUAACUGCGUUUUUCAAGGGUCUAACGCCUAAAUUACUAACAACGGGUCCAAAACUGGUCUUCUCAUUUGCGUUGGCUCAAUCGUUGAUUCCUAAAUUCGAUAACCUAUUGAGCAAAUGA